UAUUGUAACAGGCUUUUUUCUAUUACCACCAAGCAGGAAACUACUGUUGUUAUUUUAGAUCUUCUCUGGUCCAAGAAUUUAGCAAGAAAUCUAUAAUUUAGUGUUGUAAAUUGAAAGCAGAGAUUUCUGUUUUUGCGCUUGAAAAGCUUCAUCACGUCAUCACUGUGGCCUUGAAAGAUUCCUUGCUCGUCUCUUCUAUAAAUACCCCUAUAACCUCACACUCUUUUCAUCUACCCUUUCCCAUAGCCUUUUUCUUAUAUCUUUCCCCUGUUUCUGAGCUCUGCUUUCUACUGUCUUUUUUCUUUGAAACGUCUCUAAAAAUGGAAAACGGUGAGGACAAGUUUCCAACAAGCUUGCCUUUCAAAACCCAAAAACUAUUCAUUGCUGCUCAGAUUUGUUUGAGAAGUUUCGCUAUUGCAGCCACAUUUGCCGCAGCUUGGCUGACGCUCACUAACAAGGAAUCCAUUCAUGUUGGUAUCUUCGUCGUAGAUGCUAGAUAUAGCUACUCCUCAGCUUUCAGGUUCUUUGCUUUUGCAAAUGUUGUUGUAUGUGCCUUCUCUGUGCUGUCCUUGAUGUUCCUCUUCGUUGUUUGUCGUUAUGGCUCGAACCCUGCCUACUUUUUCUUCAUGUUCCUCAAUGAUUUGAUGAUGAUGUGCUUGGUUCUUGCUGGAUGCGCAGCUGCCACUGCAGUAGGUUUCGUUGGGAAGUAUGGGAAUAGCCGCUCAGGUUGGAUGCCCGUCUGCGACCACUUUGGCAGAUUCUGUCACAGAGGAACAAUUUCUGUGACACUCUCUUACUUGUCCUUGAUUUUCUUGUUGAUGCUUACAAUCACUUCUGCAAGCAACUCUAGGCAAAUUCAGAAGUAGAGCUUGAAUAUAAUGUUGCUGAUCAUGCAAUGAAAUAAAAAGCAUGAAACCAAAAAAGGGGAAGAUUAUGGUGAAAUGUGUUUCUCUUGUAAACUUGUAAUGGCUGCUUAAUUUUCAAUAUGAAAGGGAACCGACUUAGUGCUC